GUGACGUAAUCGGUAAAAUGGCGUCAAUGUAUCGUAUUUCUCUAUAUGAAUCAUUUGUAACUUCUGAUCCGAUUUUAUGAGCGACACGACCGACUUGACGUUAACAUCAACAGUAGCGACAGAGUGCGAACGAGACAGCUACACGUUAACACCAAUACACACGCAUCAACAAUACGACGGCAUCAAUACGUUGCCACUGAAACGUACAACAGUUUUUACACACAACACAAUUCGACAUCGUCAUCAAUCGAACAACAUCAACACAAUACAAACUGUGCAACCAAAAGUCAAAAGAAAAGAAAAAUAAAAUAAUAUACAGUGAAUUUUUUCGCGGGUUUCGAUAAAUGUUGUUAUUUUUUUUUAUUUGUUAAAAGGACACACUUAGACGAAAAAUAUAAUGACACUAACAUCCAGAAUCACAAUUUGAUUUAAUUUUUUUGUGGUGCUAAUAGACAUUGUUUAUUUUAUUUUUUAAUUUGUGAUUUGUGAGUCUCUGUUAUUUUGAUGUCCUACAAACAUUUUGAAUUGGUCAACACCGAUUUUUUUUUUUAAUCAAUAUAUCCCAUAGACCCAAAUCAACGAACGAAAUUGAAAAUCGAAUUGAACAGUUUUCAUGUGGCAUUUACGGUGAAACCAAAUUUUAGUGAGAAAAUCUGUACGCGUUACCUCCAAAUCUUUGGAGUAAAUAGAUAUAUUUUCAUAUAUUUUGAUUUGUUGACUGUUUUUGUGUGUAUCGUGCACACAUAUUUACAUCGUGCAAAAACUGUCUACGUACAUGUAAUGUAGACGCUGGUUGAAAAAAAGGCGAAUUUAAAAAUUUAGUGUAAAAAAAAGGAAAGGAAAAGAAAAGACAUUAUAAACAAAUAGAGGCAACAACAGCCGCCGCCGCAACAACAACAGAAGCAGCAGCAGUACACCGUUCGGUAGUGAAUGAAAAGGAUUCGUUUAUUAGUUCAAUAAACAGUAGCAGUUUCGUCGACGUUAAAUAAAAUACCGACAUUUGGUUCAAUUCAUUGAAAUUAGACCAAUUUAACGAAACGAAUUGAUUAAAGAUUGAAACGUGACGAAAACCAAAAUGCCGGCCGAAGCGAAGUCACCGACUGCAGCAUCGGCACCGCUAUCUGAUGCCAAUGCACAAACACCGAAAAAGAAACAGUCGGCGGGAAAAGCAGCUCUUGCCCGAGUAACGCUGCUAGAUGGAUCUGUUCUAGAUGUUACCAUCGACCGAAAAGCCAAAGGCAAAGAUUUAUUAAAUUCGAUUUGUGCCGGUUUGAAUAUUCUGGAAAAAGAUUACUUUGGUUUGUUGUAUACAACACCAAUUGAUCCAAGAGUGUGGCUGGAUUUAGAGAAACCGGUAGCAAAAUUCUUCAAAACCGAUCCAUGGGUUUUACAGUUUGCCGUUAAAUUCUAUCCACCAGAACCGGCUCAAUUACAAGAAGACAUCACACGUUACCAUUUGUGUCUGCAGGUCAGAAACGACAUACUGGAAGGACGUUUGCCUUGUUCGUUUGUAACACAUGCGCUACUUGGUUCAUAUUUAGUGCAAUCCGAAUUAGGUGAUUACGAUCCAAACGAUCACAAAGAUCGUAGCUAUGUAUCAGAAUUCAAAUUUGCACCAGAUCAAACGCCCGAAUUGGAAAACAAGGUGAUUGACUUGCAUAAAACACAUCGUGGCCAAACACCGGCCGAAGCUGAACUUCAUUAUUUGGAAAAUGCAAAAAAAUUGGCAAUGUACGGUGUGGACUUACAUCCAGCAAAAGAUUCAGAAGGUGUUGAUAUUAUGCUUGGAGUUUGUGCAACUGGUUUGCUGGUUUAUCGUGACAAAUUACGUAUAAAUCGAUUUGCAUGGCCAAAAAUUUUGAAAAUCUCCUACAAACGCCAUAAUUUUUAUAUUAAAAUUCGACCAGGAGAAUUUGAACAAUAUGAAUCAACGAUUGGUUUUAAAUUGGCCAAUCAUCGUGCUGCGAAAAAACUGUGGAAAGCAUGCGUUGAACAUCACACAUUUUUCCGUUUGAUGACACCCGAAACGGUUGAAAGUAGUCUAUUUCCCAAAUUGGGGUCGAAAUUUCGUUACUCGGGUCGAACAAUGUACCAGACGAAGAAAGUACCAGUUGAUCGGCCCGCACCACAGUUCGAACGAAGUUUAACAGGAAAACGAUUAACCAGUCGCAGUAUGGAUGGUCUUGCCCUUGAACGCAAGGAAGACAAAGACGCCAGCAAGCGACAUACAAUGUCACAUCCACCAGAUCACAUACCCGAAUUGGAUUCACCACGUCAAUCGCGCAGUCCAUUGAAGAAAGGCAAAAAAGAACAGUUAAAGCGUGAAUCAAGUACUGGUACUGCUUCGGCAUCGUCUCAGAGUUCAUUAGAGGGUGAAUAUGAAACCGGUGCCAUCGGACCAAAUAAUACACUAAUCGCCACUACUUCCACCUCGAAUCAGAAACCUGUCGGAGGUGUUGCAGUACUCCCACCCAGUGGCAAAUCUGGAAAGAACAAAGAAAACGAGAAUGUUAAUGGUAAUGAUGCCAAGGAGACACCAGUUAAAGGUGAUACACCAGAAAAGGAUAAGCAAGACAAACGCAAGGUGGGUGGCAUUUUCUCAUCUGGUCGUAAAUCACCCAAAGACAAAAGCGAUAAGGAAAAAGCUAAAGAAAAACUUGCAAUCGCAAUAACUGAUCAAAAACUCGAAAAAGAUGAAAAACAAAAAGAAAAGCCCAGCUCACCAAGCCAUAUACGUCCAUAUGAAUAUACCGAAAAUGAUGAUAAUACCAGUCCAAAACGACAAACAGGAAAUUAUCCAGGUGCCUUCCGUUACGACAUUGAUCCGGUGGAAAAAGCAAAACGCGAUUCAAAGGGUGCCCAAUUAAGUCCAAACUCUCAGAAAAAAAUUGAAUAUGCAUUCAAUUAUGCGCCAGGCGAUGAUGACGCACUUCGGCAACAGGCCGAAAAACUAAAAUCAGGUGAAUUGAGUCCAAAGAGCAAGGAUAAAUUAUCGAAAACUAUUGACAUCUCAACACCGCUUAAAGCCAGCAAAUCAUAUUCACCAAAUAGUGGUGAAAGACCAACCGAAUUGGCAGGCCUAUAUAAACCGACCGGCGAAACACGCGGUGAUCCACACAGUGGAGCUUUCCUCGAUGCCGAACGAGAAGAUUCAAAAGUGCCGGUUAUUGCCGCCGUUGCACCUGAUGCAAAGAAGAAACGAGUCAAAAUUUUGGUGCUCAUUUCAAAUCUCGAUCCAAAAACCAAGCGCAUUGAUACCGCCAAUCCAAACGCCGUUGUUGAACAUUCAACUGGCAUUUUAACCGAAAAUGGCAUUGAAACUAAAUAUGGCCUAUUGAGCCCAGAAAAGAGUACACUACAGAUUCUUAAUAAGAGUGGCAACACUGAAACGUAUCAAGGUUCAAAAGAUGCCAAGACCGGUAACAUUCAUUUUACAUCCGGCGGUGUAACGGAUCCGGUCAGUGGACACAUUGACAACUCUCUUGGUCAAAUUGUUUGUAUUGCACCUCAGGACAAAUCAGUUAUCGAUGUAACGGGCAUCACUGGUAAAUUGGAUGCACAAGGCAAUGUUGAUAUUGCCAAUGGUGCAAUUGAACGAUCACGCGGUCUUUUGGAUUUGAAUAAUGACACCAUUGAUACAAAAUACGGUAUCAUCGACUUAAAAACGUGUGAAAUAAAAUUGAUCGAUCCAAAAACCGGAAAACCAACAUCGAAGAAAGCUAAAUAUGAUAAAAACACUGGACUAUUUACAAUUCCAGGUGCAAUUGAUGCAAAAGGAAAAUACGAUCCAAAUCUGCACCAAGUGGUUGCGCUCGGUUCACAAAUCGAUCCAGUUGUUGAGGUCACUUCGGUCGUUGGUAGAGUUGAUAAGAAAGGAAUCCUUGACUCGAAAACAUCAACAGUAGAAAAUACCACGGGACAAGUAAAUGGUAAUAAGAUCGAUACAAAAUACGGUCAACUUGAUUUGGUCAAACAUACAAUUACAUUGAGCGAUGGAAAAACAAAAGAUUUCAAGGUCGAUCCAGUCACCGGACAAAUUAUCAUCAAGAAUGUCGUCAAUCCGAAAAAUCCAGGCAAAUCCGAUAAGGAUUAUGCACAAAUUUUGAGCUUGAAGAUUGUCAAUCGUCGCCUUGAUCCGGCCGGCAAAGUGGUGAAUUCAAGUGAUGGAAAAGAUGUUGUCGUUGAUAAAACCAAUAAGAUCUGGAUUGCCGGCAGCAAAGAUCCAAAAACAAAUGAACCAAACUACUACAGUUCAACGCAAGUGGAUCCAAAAACUGGAACCAUCACCAUUGUUUAUGGUUUGGUUAAUCCAAAAACCAAUGAAAUUGAAAAACAAACCAAACUUCUACCAAGCGUUUGUGUGACAAACAAUGAUGGCGUUUUGUACACAUCAACCGGUGAAGUUGAUGAAGCAACACAAGAACCAAUCUUUGCAACAUCGAUCAUUGAACCAGAAUCAAAGAAUGUUGUUACGAAAGUAUCACGCGUUCGUCCACAAACUGGUGAAAUUGUAUUGGUACGUAUUGAUUAUCCAAAGGUGCAAUUACCAACAUUGUCACAAGAGAAAACAACACCAGUGAAACAAGUUGAUGUUAAGACAACCACACAUCAAGCUAAGCAUGUUACACCACCAAAAGUGCCGACAGCAUCCGUCAAAGUGGCAACGCCAACACCGCCAACAACACCAACAACUCAACCUUCCGUUUCUGUAACGGCCACUUCAACUGUGACACCUGCACAAAAACAGCAGUCAACCGCUACAGUAACUCCAAAACAACCAUCGCCACCAAAGGUUGUCGCACAACCAGUAAGCAAGGCUCAACAACCACCUCCACCACUACCACCACAACAACAGCAACAACAACAACAACAGGCAACAGUUUUGGCCGGACCAAUUGCAGGUUCAAGUGAACCAGUUGCAAUCGUACCUCAGAAGAGUGCAAUCAUUGAAAUUGUUACGAUCAUCGGUACAGCUGGUCCAGAUGGUAAGGUUGAUUUGUCAAAGGCACAAUUGGAACGCUCACGAGGUAUUUUGAAUGUACAAAAUGGAACGAUUCAAACAAAAUACGGUUUGAUUAAUCCAGCCACAAAAGAUGUCAUCGUAACCGAUAAAACUGGCAAAGCAACGACAUCAAAACCAAUUACGAUCGAUGCAUCGGGUCAAAUUAUUAUUGCUGGUGGUGUUGAUAGCAAGGGUAAACCGGAUAACAAUCUCCGUCAUAUAAUUAACUUGGGUCCAGAAGUUGAAUCGCCAAUCGUUGAGGUAACCGCCAUUUCCGGUAAAUAUGAUGCAAAGAAAGGAAUUAUCGAGCCAAAAACGGCCGUGGUUGACGUUACUCAUGGUCAAUAUGAUCCCGAUAAAAAUACAAUCACCACGAGCUAUGGUGAAUUGGACAUUCCAUCAAGUACAAUUACAUUCAAGCAUCCGAAGAGUGGCAAACUCGAAAAGAAAGAUGUUAAAUUUGAUCCAACAACCGGACAAGUCAUUCUACGAAAUGAAGUCAAUCCAAAAAAUAAUAAAUUGGACAAAGAUUAUGGCCGAAUUAUAUCGUUGCGCAUUGUUCAUCGUAAAAUUGAUCCAACCACUGGUAAAGUAUCAACACCAACCGUUACUGGAAAAGAUAUUAUCGUCGAUCCACAAACCAAUCAAUUGUGGAUACCGGAAAGCAAAGAUCCCGUCACAAAGGAAACCGUUUAUGUUUCAACACAAGUUGAUCCAAAAGGUUAUAUCAUUACCAUUUAUGGAUAUUUGGAUCCAAAAACAAACCAAAUUAAAAAACAUACGGCCGUCGAAUCAAACAUCACAAAAACAGACGAUUCGGGACAAUUGUUCAUUGCCAGCGGUGAUGUUGACGAAAAUGGUGAUCCAUUGUUUGUCGCUUCACAAUUGGAUGACGAAUCAAAUGAAGUAUUCACAAAAGUGGCUAAAGUUGAUCCAAAAACUGGAAAAUUGGUUCUCAUCAAGAUCAUUUUGAUUACGAAAAAGGACGAACAAGGCAUACCCAAAGAGGUGCCAGCAAGUGAAGUUGUACGCGAUCCAUCAUCGGGCGCCAUUCGAAAUGUUUUCAAUAAAACGGUUUAUGUAUAUAACAUGGUCGAUCCAAUCACCGGCGAAAUUAUUCAGGUUGAUCCAAAUGAUCCACGAAUUGCUGGUGCUCGUACAACUGUAACGCAGACAAUGACAUUGUCAGGUGAAAUUGAUCCAGUCACUGGCAGAAUAAAGACCGAAUAUGGUCACAUAGAUCCAGAAACAGGUGAUAUCUCAGAAGAAACGGCAGUCACAGAUCCAGUUACAGGCAAAAAGAUUUUGAACUAUGCCCAAAUUGAUCCAACACAUUUUGGACGCGAGGUUACAAUUCAAACCACAACGACGCCGAUCUCACGUGAUCAAUUCUUCGAAGGGAUCAAACAUUUGGGACCAUCGGUUGUAAAACAAGUUACAGAAGGAGCUAGCUCCGAUGAUGACGUUGAACAAUAUGGUGAUGAUAAUGUACGAACAAAAACAACCACAACAACGACACAAAAAUCAAAUACACCGACCGUCGUUAAAACGACAACCAAACAGGUGCUGACGAAAAAUGAUGGCGGUGUAACACACAAUGUUGAAGAAGAAAUUCACAAUUUGGGCACCGGUGAAGUUUCGUUUUCUACACAAGAACACAAGGCUGAACCCGAUGAUGGCGACAAAAAGUAUGUUACAGCCACUGCUAUAACCACUCGUACGGCCACUACCCACGAAGAUUUGGGUAAAAAUGCAAAAACACAGCAGCUCGAAGAAAAAACCGUUGCGACAACAACCACACACAACUUGAAUCGUCAAGAACAGCGUGUGGUCACCCAAGAAGUAAAAACCAAGGCAACAAUCACUAGCGGCGAACAGUUUAAGCGACGAGAUAGCGUAUCGUCAACAAGUUCUGGCGAUUCGGGUACGCCAAUCGACGGGCCAGAUGAUCAAAUUCUAUCCAUUCAGGACCAGACUACAACUGCAGCACCAACAUCAACAGUGGUUUCGACGACCGUAGGACAGAUACCAGCAGAAGGCGAACAUCACGUUAUUCUCGGCGAAAAUAGCCAAGGCUACACGGCAGAAGGUGAAAUCAUCUCCACACAAACCGUCAGCAGUAAAACACGAACCGUAGAAACCAUCACCUACAAAACGGAACGCGAUGGUAUCGUUGAAACUCGUGUUGAACAAAAGAUUACCAUCCAAAGUGAUGGCGAUCCAAUCGAUCAUGACAAAGCUUUGGCCGAAGCAAUUCAAGAAGCAACAGCUAUGAAUCCCGAUAUGACAGUGGAAAAAAUCGAAAUUCAACAACAAACUCAAUAAAUAUGAUCACAUAUUGUUGCAAACAAUUAAUUUAAUUUAGAUUUGGACAAACGGAAGUAAAAAAAAGAAAUCUUUAUAAUUACGAUAUAACUGAGAAAAAAAAUCUAUGUAAUUGAACAAUGUAUUUUUUGUAAUGUAUUUUUAAGUUUACAUUAUCAUCUUGUAUUAUUUUUUAUGAUUUAGAUUUGAAAUAUUUACAUUUUUGACGAGCAUUUGAAGAACGUCAACGAAAAAACGAAAGUACAUCAUACUUUCCUAAAUAAAUACACUUUUUUCUUUAAAAAAAAAAUCAAUUAUAUUGAUGGAAGCAUUUGCAAAUAAUAUAUUAAUAACACAUUUUUUGGAUAGCGUCACUCAGAUUACUUGGCCUCCCAUUUUAGAUAAAUGUUGUCCAAAUUUUAUAAAAAAUAUGAACAUUCACAAUAUAUUUGUUUUUUUCCCUCAUUUUCUUCAGCCAAAAAUGCGAUAACUGUUUUAAAAACAAUUUGAAGUAAUUUUGAGUUAUCGACUUUUUGCUGUGAAAGUUUGUGUCAUCGUUCAUUUCUAUAGCAUUCAAGUACCUACGACAAUGUAUGAAUGUUGAAAAAAAAAAACAAAUAAAUUAUAGCUAUUAAUAAUCGAAAUUUCCCCUCUCCUCAAACAAAAGAAAAAAAAUCAAACAAACACAAAUGAAUAUAUAUAUAUAUGUAAUGUUAAUGUUGAGAAAAAAAAAGGAAAAGAAAAGGCCACCUUCGCCACAUAGUUGCUGCUUCAUUGGUUUAAAGUGAAUACACUGAUAUAGACGGCGUACUCCUCAAUCCACUCAUUCAAUCGAAAUAUAUGUUGUUUUAUGAAAUAAAAUGAAUAAGAAAUGAAAAUUAAAUACCUAACAUUUAUGGAUAUAAAAAUAUUGCAAUAAAAACGUAAAAAUUCCGUUAAUAUCAAUGGUGUGCAUAUAUGAAAAUAAAUAUAAAAUGGCCACGAAAUUUUUUAAAUAAAAAUACACAAUAUACAUCGCUUCAAUGAUUGAAAUCAUUUAUUUUGAAUUGAAGCGACCGCAUAUUUUUGUUUAAUCAUUUGAUACACACCUAACAUGUUUUGCUUCUACAAUUCAAUUACGAAAAUAAAAUCAGUUCAAACACAUCACUCAAUAAUUGCAUUGCCUCGCUUGCGAUAAAAACAAAUUUUAAAAAAAUCAACUAAAUAGGAUAUAUGUACAUGAGGAAAAUCAGCCUUAAAUUAACAAAUGGCAUAUAUAUGGGUUUUUUUCUUUCGAAGAACGAGAGGGAAACGAUAAAUAGGAUGCUCAACUUUGAUGGGUACGCAAUCAAUUUUAAGACACAAAAUAAAAACACUUUAAAACACAAGGAUAAAUUUACACACAAAUUUAUGAACGCAAACAUACACAUACACACACACACACACACAUCAACAUGUUCACCAAUGCAAACUUUUUCGAUACAAAACCAAAAAAAAAAAAGAAUAUAAAA